UUUCGCGGGACUUCUGCUGCGCGCAUGCGUGGAGCGUUGAGUUUAACGCGCGGGAUUGCUGUAGGAAGAAGUGUGUCCUCGUCCUCACAGCGUCACUUACGUUUUAAUACCAGAGUUUAAUAACGUGAAUAAAAGGUGCCAGCAUGUGGAACCAGGGAGGCUACAGUGAGUCGGGUAUGGGUGGAGGUUACACACAAUCUCCAGGAGGCUUUGCAUCACCUGCUGCAUCCCAGGGUGGAGAGAAGAAAGGGAGGACCCGUAGCUCACAGAUCAUUCCCUGCACAGUGUCACAGCUGAUGUCUGCCUCCCAGGCUGACGAGGCCUUCAAAAUAGGAGAGGUGGAAGUCGCCCAGGUCACCAUCGUGGGUAUCAUCAGGAGCACCGACAAAUCCAUGACCAACAUCCAGUACAAGGUCGACGACAUGACGGGUGCUCCCAUGGACAUAAAGCAGUGGGUAGACACAGAGGACCCCAGUAUGGACAGCACCGUCCUCCCUCCAGGCACGUACGUCAAAGUCUCCGGCAACCUGCGGUCCUUUCAAAACCACAGAUCUGUCGUGGCGUUCAGCGUCAGGCCCCUGGAGGACAUGAACGAAAUCACCUCACACAUGCUGGAGGUCGUUCAAGCGCACAUGGUGCUCAGCAAACCUCAGAGCACGCCUGGCACCGGAGGUGGAACGAGCAGUAACGUCACACCCAUGUCACGGCCGGGCAUGGAAAGCAUGAGAGGGAGCUAUUCGGGAGCUAAUGACAUGGCUAACAAUGGGUUAAGUGCAAACCAGAAUCAGGUGCUGAGUUUGAUAAGAAGCUGCCCGGACCAGCAGGGCAUCAGCAUUCAGGACCUAAAACUGAGGCUCAGCGGCAUAAGUCUAGGCGUCAUCAAGCAAGCAGUGGAGUUCCUGAGUAAUGAAGGUCACAUCUUUUCCACCAUCGACGAAGACCACUACAAAUCGACAGAUAACGACAAUUAAACGGCUUCACCUCUUGGCAUCGGCGGGGUUACUUAUGUGAAGUUAAACCUGAUAAAAGUAAUUUAGU